UCAACCACUAUAGUUAACAAAAGUUCUCGUUUGUACUCACUAAAAACAAAUGUCUGCUAAAAUUAGCUUCGUAAGCAAAACCUAUUAAAAGACAUAAGAGGAAAUGUGCUAGCAACCUGCGCAAAAUUUACUUGUUGGCGUCUGCGCUCAAGUAAGCAGAGUAGCUUGGAACAGGGCCGGGUAAUUGAACUAAUAAAUCUAGCCGUGUAACUGCGCUCUCGACUCGCUCAGGAUCAAGGCGAAACCAUUAAGCCUUCGCUCAGAUUUCUCUCAAACUCUCCUUACAUUUGGUCAAACGAAACUUUAUUUUGGUUUUAUUAUUUUUGUUUCCGAACAUAGAAUUCUGACAAAAUUAGUUAACUAAACAAAGCUCACUAUUCAGUAGUUUUGUUCGGUAAUGUUUUUGAACGAUUUAAUCUUGCGUUCAAAUUUACAUAGCAAAUAUUCGUCGUAUACAACGAGUUUAUAUCUGAAAUUCAACCUAAUCAUUUGUUUCAAAACACUAUAACAUUAUCGUUUGUUAUGUUUUUACGAUCACGACUUUCCUAUUCAAUCGAUAAUGUGGUUUCAUUUCAAAACGGGAAAGUCACAUUAUAUAGUAUUUGCUAUAGUUACUUUUAUAAGUAAUUUUUUUUUAACAUUUCAGGUUGAAAAUAAUAAUGUGAUGCAAUCAAUAGAAACAUUUAUAGAAGAUUUAAAUGGGAAAAAAAUUCAAAUAAUUAAUAAAACUGUAUCAGUACAAAAUGAUGUUUACAAAAAAUUGCAAAUACAAAGUCUGCCAUCAAAUGCUGUUCUUAUGAUGAAACUCAUAUCUUAUUACGAAGAUAAGUUUAAGGUAGCAAAUCACGAACCCACUGAGAGAGAAACAGCUUCCUUCUCUGUACGAAUAGAGAAGGGAAAGAAAACAUUAAAUACCGGAAGUAGGGCAACACAAAGAAUCGGGCUUAAGCCCAAAGAUCGCUACUCUAAUAAUGUUUUAAUACCGGAAGUUAUCAUUGCGUGAAUAUGUAAGAUAGAAGAUAAGUAAAAACGUGAUUGUAUUUUAAUUUAAUUAAUCCUCAAUCACCAGAAACAGAUAAGAUGAAUCAGGCAAAACCAUAAUUUUGUUUUUAUAUAUUUUUAAUGAAUCUGUACAGUCUAAGCAUCUAUGCCCAAAUGCCCUUGUUUAACUUAAUUUCUAUUUCGUUUGCUGGCUCACAUCAAUUUAAAAAAAGUAACAAUUGAAACUUUAAGUUUUCAUAAACCUUUUUUUAAAUAGAUGAAACCGUUUAGUUAAAAUGGUUAUACAUGGUGUUUACUUUUGUUAAGAUAUCAAAAAAAGUAAAAAUUAUCUUUUUCAGUAAAGAUUAAUUAUUACCUAUAAUUACGGAAAUGUAAAGCAAUAAUUAACAAUUCGGUGAUUUCAAUGGAGUGCACUAAUUGUGCAACAAAAGUUAAUAGGUUAAAGUAAUGGUUGGCUAGAAUGUAAUUUACUGUAGUACGCUGAAAAUUAGGGUUUAUUGUUAUUUUUACUGAUACUUAAUUCAUACAAUUUCGUUUUGUUUCUAUUAUGAAGUCUAGAAUUAAAAAUUACAUUUAUUUUUGUUUUACUUAA